CACAAUUGCCUCUCCUCUCCCUCAUUCCAUAUCUUUGCUCUCACCGUCCAUUAGGCGAGCGACUUCUAGACGUAGACAGUGGGCGCAAUCUCUCCGAAAAAGGCGUCAACAAGCCGACCGAGCACUUCACCGCCAUCUUCAACACCUUUGUGCUGAUGACCCUGUUUAACGAAGCGAACGCACGCAAGAUCCACGGCCAACGCAACAUUUUCUCUGGGCUGCAUAGGAACGUUCUCUUUAUCAUCAUUUGGAUCGCCACCUUCAUUCUACAGGCAAGUGCUGGCUGCAGAGACGACACUCGGUCCUUUCUCAACUGCAAAUCGUCUGUUUUUACCUGA